AUGGCAGUGACAUAUCCGGCUUGGACGAAACACGUGCUCGCAAGUGUGUCGCGGAGGAUUUUCUUGGCUCCUUCGAUGGAGCCAGGCACGGGCUGCACCUCGUUUGUCGACCCAAACUGGGGCGUCGUGUCCGAGCCGGUCUUGGACGAGCCUGAACCAAACUCUGCAGACAUAAGCAGUAAAAUCACAGCAGGCGCGGCGACUGCCUGGCAAGGAAACACUCUGAGGCCCCAUGACGCGCCUUCAUUGGACCACAUGGAGCCCCUCUUUGCGGCUCUGCGAGGACCAGACCGACAAACCCCCAACUGCCUUGACGCCCGGCGCAGGUGCAACUCGUCGCGCUAG